AAUCAUCCUUUCGAUUUCGUGAAUGGGAGGAGGAGGAGGAUCAAGAUCUUCGACCCCAUCGAGCUAACACCGAAGAAGGAUGCUGGUAAGCCUGGGGAGGAGGAAGAUCACAGGAGGAAGAAGGUGAGGAAAGAAGUUGCUGCGACCGCGAGAGCCUCUGCGAAAGAUGCAACAGCGAGGGCAGGGGAUCCGGAUGAGGAGAAGUAUAGGUUGGGGUACGGUGUUGCUUGUAAAGGAGUGAAGCUUCCUUGGUACGUUGAGAACAAACGUGAGUAUGAAGAUAGAGCUGGUGGUGAAGGGGAGGAGGAGGAGGAUGGUGAACGUAGGAGUGAAUCUAAGAAGAAGAGUGGGAAGAAGAGCUUGAAGGAGCUGAGGGAAGAGCGGUUGAAGAGGGAGAGGGUUGAGAAGGAAAGAGAGAGGGCUCUUUUCAUGAAACAGAGCCAGCGAAGCGGUGGCUUUUCACGUAGGUGAGAGAGCUUCUUUUUUUUUUUUUUUUUGUUCCCAAGUGUUGCCCUUUUCAAGGUGUACUUAUAUAGAUUAAUUCACACUUUAUGAUCAAGUUAGUAUCCAAACUUAUCGUUUGUACUUCAUUUGUGUUGAUACAGUCAUGGUAGAUAGUUUUGGAGUGUGAUAAUAAUUUACCAGUUGGUAGACUCGAGCAUAUUUUGCUGUUUAGGAGAAGCAUGGUUGUCUUAAUUUUAUUGUAGCAGCAUUUAGACAUUGAAGUUGGAACUAUGUGUGUGAUAUGUACACUUGUGUCAACAUUUGCUUCCUUCUCUAAAAGUAUUAAUAGUACACGAUCAUGAACCUGGUGGCAAUUGAAUUUUUCUCCAUUUACGCUGAUAGAUUCAUGGUAGAUAGUUUAGAAUGCGUUUUGUAGACAUGACAGUCUAUUGUCCUGUCCUAAAUACGCUGAGGGCCGUAUGACACUGCUAGUUUUUGUGGUGCUUGUUUCUGUAAGUCUGUACAGAAGCUGAUGUUUGCCCAACUCCUUGUCUUCAACACUUCCCCAUUGAUGAUAAAAGAAAACAGAACCUCGUCUUUUUAACACACCAAUAUGAUCACCAUCAUGAAGAAGAGUACAAAAAUGAAUGUUCGGAAAUAAAUUAGUUUGUGAAAUGCAUGCAUGCGAUGAUUAAAUCACAAGGAUGACAAAAAAAGAUGGAAAGGAGACGUGUUGCAGAGAGAACCCUAUGGGGUUCUUCCAUUGGAGGAGGAAAAUUUUAUUUCCACUAACCAAGGUUCUAAACGUGCCAAAUCACCUUAUUUACUCUUAAUUUAAUCAUUAGAAUUCAUUACAGGUCCUAAUGGAUGGAGGUGGUCUAAUGUUUUC